AUGUCUUACAGUCACACAGGAGCUCCUACGGAGUUCAAUGGCACCAAUGCCGACUUUGGUGGUGACUCCACCACGGAGAACCUUAACCAAUGGUACCAGUCCGGCGACCAAUCGUACAUUCUCGUCUCCGCCGCCAUGGUCCUGCUCAUGAUUCCUGGCAUCGCCUUCCUCUACUCCGGUCUGGCCCGCAGAAAGUCGGCUCUGUCCCAAUUAUGGGUGGUAAUGAUGAGUUUCUCCGUCGUCGUCUUCCAGUGGUAUUUCUGGGGCUACUCGUUGGCCUUCAGCGAAACUGCCACCAACGGUUUCAUCGGCGAUCUUCGACACUUCGGACUGAUGAAGCUCCUCGCUACCCCUUCUCAAGGCUCGCCUCUCGUUCCUGCCCUCCUCUACUCUUUCUACCAAAUGAUGUUCUGCGCCGUUACCGCCGCCCUUACCGCUGGUGCCACUGCUGAGCGAGGCCGAGUCAUUCCCUGCAUGGUCUUCAUCUUCUUCUGGGCCACCCUCGUUUACAGCCCCGUCGCCUGCUGGGCAUGGAACGCCAACGGUUGGGCUUUCAAGUACGGUGUCCUCGAUUACGCUGGCGGUGGCCCCGUCGAGAUCGGCUCCGGUAUGUCGGCACUGGCGUACUCUUGGGUCCUCGGUCGUCGCAACGAGAAGAUGAUGCUCAACUUCCGUCCCCACAACAUCUCUCUCAUCACCCUCGGCACUAUUCUUCUGUGGUUCGGCUGGUUGGGCUUCAACGGUGGCUCCGCUUUCGGUGCUAACCUUCGCGCUGCCAUGGCUUGUUGGAACUCUUGCCUGACUGCCAUGUUCGCCGCCAUGACCUGGUGCCUGCUUGAUUUCCGUCUGGCCAAGAAGUGGUCGCUUGUCGGCUGGUGCUCCGGUACUAUCUCCGGUUUGGUCGCUGCUACGCCCGCUUCCGGCGUCAUCACCCCCUGGGCCUCCAUCAUCCUGGGUGUUGUCGCUGGUGUCGCAUGCAACUUUGGCACCAAGAUCAAGUUCCUCCUCAAGAUCGACGACUCCCUCGAUGUUUUCGCUGAGCACGGCAUCGGUGGUAUCGUCGGCCUCAUCUUCAACGCUUUCUUCGCUUCGGGCUCGAUCAUUGGUCUUGAUGGCGUCAACGUCGGUGUUACUGGCGGAUGGGUCGAUGGCAACUGGAAGCUCAUGUACAUUCAAAUCGCCUACAUCGUUGCCUGCUGCGCCUACACUUUCGUCAUGUCCGCCCUUAUCGCGAAGGCCAUCGACAUGAUUCCAGGCCUCAAGCUCCGUGCUUCUGAAGAAGCUGAACUGCUUGGUAUGGACGACGACCAGCACGGUGAAUUCUCUUACGACUACGUUGAGGUCCGCCGCGACUUCCUUGCUUGGACCCCUCACCAGGCCGAGCCCGCCGGAGAGGGCAAGUUCAUCCCUCAACACGGCAUUGAAGAGCACCAGAACAUGGCCAACAACGGCGGAAGCAGUGGCUCUGAUGAGCCCAAGCCUGUCACACCCGAAGGCGAGCCCAGGAGUGAAAAGGCUCCUUCCCUAUGA